CAGAAACCCGAGAGCAUAACAACUCUCACUGGGGCUACUGUGGUGAUGUUACAUGAAUACCCUCCUAGCCAAGUCCCAGCCAGCAUAGUUGUACAUGAGGUGGAACCAACUGAGGGACCUUACUCAGAACCACCUAUGCUUAUUCAAGAAUAGAAGGAGGAGGAAGUUUUGCCUAUGGCAAUAAACGAACAUCUCCUUAAUUGUGUUAAAGACACACCUCCAGAGGAACCUGUUCUGGAGGAGAUAGAGCCCAUUACCUGCCCCCAAGAUUCCAAUGUCCAAGAGUGUGAGGAGGAAUCUGUUGACGAGGAAAUACUGUGCAUGGAAAACCGAACUUCGUCUAUAGAAACCUGUGCAAAUAAUGCCUCACCAGCAGAUUCAGACCAAACUUUAUUUGACUCCUUGCCUGACGGGUGUAACCCGGUUUACCCGGAGGAUAGUUGGAGCCAAAAGAGUUGGGAUGAACUUCUGGUAAGUGGUAUUAAGGACUCUUCCAUGGGAGAAAUCACGGUCGUAAUCGUCAAACCACAAUUGGAUGGUCAACCCAUUGAAGACAAGGAAGAAAUCAAUCUUGCUAUGAAGGCCAAUGAUGUGGAUCAACUGAGGAGACUUCCGCCACCACCCACUUAUCAAGAGUCUCCUCCUUUUAUCUUGUUGCCACCAAGCCGCAGGGAUGAGCCAAGGAUCCUGGACCUUGACCCAGCGAAAAUUCAAACAAGGUGGUAUCAGAAGAGAGUCAGAAGGGUCAAACUUUAUGACUCUCGGAUUGGAAAGUCGCAGAAAAAGUGGAUGCCUCAUCGACCUUCGUACCCUACUGUGGACCGUAAUGAGGUCCAACUGAUUGAUGCUGCUUCUAGGACGAGGUUCGAUGAGUGGGGACACUCGCGAGUGUUACACGAGUCGAUGACUCACACCUUGAUCACUGUUGAUACUCUAUUUGCCUUCACCCUUACGGGCCAGUCAUUUCAGUUGACGGUGAGAGAGAUGGCUGUUCGUCUCGGGCUCUACACCCAGGAGGAGACCGAGCAGCAUGAGUUCUACGACGCUCCCUUUUGUCUUCCCGCAUAUUUUGACGCGGUAGCUUUCUGGAGGGAGCACUCAUCUGACGACAAGGAGUUCGUGAACAAGAAGAGCAAGCUAAGGCUCGAUUUUGGAUUCGGCCCAGCUGGAGAAUCUUAUCUUUUGUUCUCUCGACAUCCUUCUUUGGGAGGCCGUUGAACACUGAUAGGGUCUACGAGGAGGAUAUGUUUGUCUUUUGGAGCGUGCACGACCACCAGCCAGCGAACGUGGCUGUGUACCUUGCCAGAUUCUUAUACUCCCAGUCCUACGGGUGUAGGACGCACUUGACUACAGCCUGGUCCUUGGCGCAAUUUUCAACAAACCUGUAUUAUUGAUGUCCAUGUAGAUUUUUUGGAAUGUUAUCUUUGUUUGGGAUAUCUAUCUUUUGGUGCGUG